CGGCGCCGGCCAGUGGUCCUUUCCGAUGACGGACAUUAACGAGCCCGUCAAAUCCUGGGGAGACGCGAGCCCCGAGUUGGGAGUUCUUCCCCCCGCACAACGUCACAGUCCGAACUGCAGAGGGAAGGCACGGCGGCAGGCAGGCGAAGCCCGGGCGCCGGCACGGAGUUGGGAAACUUGCGGGUCCUAGAAGUCGCCUCCCCGCCUCGCCGGCCGCCCCGCGCCGAGCAGCAAAGUGAGACAUUGUGCGCCUGCCAGCGCCGCCGGCCGCGGGGACACAGAGGGGGCUUCUCUCGCCCUGCAUCUAAUUAGCCGGCACACAAAGGGAGCAGCUGAAUGGAGGUUGUCACUCUCUGGAAAAGGCUGUGAACUUUCUAUGCUGCUCAGCUUUCUGCAUGCUUGGAGAUUUCUGACCGAGCGCUUCCAAUGGACAUUCUCCAGCCUCUCUGGAAAGAUUCUCGCUAAUGGAUUUCCUGCUGCCCGGGCUCUGUCGAUCGUGGCUGCCGAGGAGGCCCUCGGGGGUGGUCUGGUGUCUGCUGGGGGCCUGCUUGCAGAUGCUGCCCGCCGCCCCCAGCGGGUGCCCGCAGCUGUGCCGGUGCGAGGGACGGCUGCUCUACUGCGAGGCGCUCAACCUCACCGAGGCGCCGCACAACCUGUCCGGCCUGCUCGGCUUGUCCCUGCGCUACAACAGCCUCGCGGAGCUGCGCGCCGGCCAGUUCACGGGGUUAAUGCAGCUCACGUGGCUCUUUCUGGAUCACAAUCGCCUGCGCUCCGUGCAGGGGGACGCCUUUCAGAAACUGCGCCGAGUGAAGGAACUCACGCUGAGUUCCAACCAGAUCGCCCAGCUGCCCAACACCACCUUCCGCCCCAUGCCCAACCUGCGCAGCGUGGACCUCUCGUACAACAAGCUGCAGGCGCUGGCGCCCGACCUCUUCCACGGGCUGCGGAAGCUCACCACGCUGCACGUGCGGGCCAACGCCAUCCAGUUCGUGCCCGUGCGCAUCUUCCAGGACUGCCGCAGCCUCAAGUUUCUCGACCUGGGAUACAAUCAGCUCAAGAGCCUGGCGCGCAACUCCUUCGCCGGCUUGUUCAAGCUUACCGAGCUGCACCUGGAGCACAACGACUUGGUGAAGGUGAACUUCGCCCACUUCCCGCGCCUCCUCUCCUUGCACUCGCUCAGCCUGCGUAGGAACAAGGUGGCCAUUGUGGUCAGCUCCUUAGACUGGGUCUGGGACUUGGAGAAGAUGGACCUGUCGGGCAACGAGAUCGAGUACAUGGAGCCCCACGUGUUCGAGACCGUGCCGCACCUGCAGUCCCUGCAGCUGGACUCCAACCGCCUCACCUACCUAGAGCCCCGCAUUCUGAACUCCUGGAAGUCGCUAACUAGCAUCACCUUGACGGGGAACCUGUGGGACUGCGGGCGCAACGUGUGCGCCCUGGCCUCUUGGCUCAGCAACUUCCAGGGGCGCUACGAUGGCAACUUGCAGUGCGCCAGCCCCGAGUACGCGCAGGGCGAGGACGUCCUGGACGCCGUGUACGCUUUCCACCUGUGCGAGGAUGGAGCCGAGCCCACUAGCGGCCACCUGCUCUCGGUCGUCACCAACUACAGUGAUCAGGGACCCCGCGGCGGCGCGAUCACCACCCUGGCGGAUGGCCGUGAGGGGCAGCCCGACAGCACGCUGGAGCCAGCCACUGUGGCUCUCCCUGGAGGCGAGCACGCCGAGAACGCGGUACAGAUCCACAAAGUGGUCACGGGCACCAUGGCCCUCAUUUUUUCCUUCCUCAUCGUGGUCCUGGUGCUCUAUGUGUCCUGGAAGUGUUUCCCCGCCAGCCUCAGGCAACUCAGACAGUGCUUUGUCACGCAGCGCAGAAAGCAAAAGCAGAAACAGACCAUGCAUCAGAUGGCUGCCAUGUCUGCCCAGGAAUACUACGUUGAUUACAAACCGAACCACAUCGAGGGGGCCCUGGUGAUCAUCAAUGAGUAUGGCUCCUGCACCUGCCACCAGCAGCCCGCCCGGGAAUGCGAGGUGUGAAUGUCCCAGGGGCCCUGCGCCCCUGCACUACCAAAUACCACUGGGCAGCAGGGCUGGCCGGUGGGUGCCAGGCUGGGGUCUCCUAGUCUGUCCUCUCAUGCUCCUUGACUGAAACUGUAAGGGGAUCUCUCCCAGAGACUUGACAUUUUAGCUUUAUUGUGUCUUAAAAACAAAAGAAACAAAUAAAACACAACAAAACCCCACCCUACAACCUUCAGGACAGUCUUAAAUUUCAUAUGAGAACUCCUUCCUCCCUUUGAAGAUCUGUCCAUAUUCAGGAAUCUGAGAGUGUAAAAAGGUACCAAUCAUCAAUUUUUUUUGUAAACUAAAAUGUUUAAAAUAAAAUAGCAUUUACAGUUUUUACAGAGUGGUGUAACCUAAAUUCCUUGUUAUUUGUGCUGAGGAGAGAAGCAACUAUUAAAAUGACCUUCCUUGGGGGGUUGGGGGCCCCUGGGGGAGAUCUAGUGGCCAGAGAGAAAAAUCUCCCAGCAAAGUAGUCAGAUUCAAUUAGAAAUGUUAAGAAUCGGGACAAACACAGGUUUAUCACUACAGUAAUCGAGUAAAGACUUAAGCAAUAGCACAACCUUUUGCACUCUUUUUAGGUUGGGGGGUCGGGGGCAGUGAGAACCACUUUAAAGUGAGUGAAAGAUAGAUUGAGGAUGGAACAUCAUUGCUCAAUUUCUUAAGGCAGAGAAUAUUGCAAAUGGCUUUUGAAAGCCCCUGCUAGACAGUUUAUCUUAUGAACAAGAAAUAUUUUUUGUCUAUAAUGUAACCAUCUUUCAAAUGAAAAUCUCAAUCCUAAAUGCAACUGGUUCAUAAUUCUCUGAAACCCCUGAUUCACUAGACUUGGUCACGUUUCUGUCCCCUUUGCUGCCCUCCCUGGUGAAAAAGCGUCCCUCCAGCUCCUGCUCCUUGGAGUCUAGCUGAAAGGAGGGAAGCAGCAUCCAAAUGUACAGGGAGGAAAGCUGUGCUUCCCCAGCCCAGUCCUCAAACUGCAGCAAGCCCCAGCUCCAAGCAGUGCUGGCACACUCCUAGUUAAGAUGGGCAAAGAUGAGCCAAUCCUACCUGGGAGGAAGGGAGAAAGGCCUGCAGGGUAAUGACUUGUAGCCAGGCACAUUAGAGGCAGAUAGGAUCCAGGGAGAGUGGGAGAUCAUCAGUUGGUAAUGUUUGCACAUUACUGAAUCUAGGAAUUAUUAAGGGGAAUAAUAGGAAUAAAUGAAGACCAGUGAGCAUUUGGUACCCCACGAUAGAAAAGCUGUUUCAUUCGAGAUUGCCGUUUUGUGUAAUGCUUGCUUUUCCUGUGUUUCAUUUUUAUAUUCUGCUUUUCUGUGUUCAAAGCAAUGAUUGCCUCUUCCACUCCCUUGCUCCUCAAAGGUUUCAGCUUCCAUCAUUGAGAUCUAAGUUGUUUAUUGAACUAAACAAAUGAGGAGGGGAUGGUAGCAGCGGUUGGUGGAUGUGGGUGAAAAGGAAGGGAAGGAGUGUGUGUUGGAAGGGAGGGGUCUUUCACGAGUUGACAAGCAAAUGUAUGAUUGAAAU